GGAAUAGAUACUUGGACAAUCUCUAAAAAGGUUUUCAUCUUGAUUCCGGCAGCCAGACACAAUGACCAGUUUCGGACAAAAACUCCUGAGGAGGAAGUUUGUGGAUUUGUCGUCGGUUACAAACACAAAAUUAGCACGUUGCCUCACUACCCUGGAUUUAACAGCUUUAGGUAUUGGAAGUACACUUGGAGCAGGUAUUUAUGUGGUUGCCGGGCAGGUUGCUAAGGAAAAGGCAGGACCUGCUGUAACCAUUUCCUUCUUGAUUGCCGCUCUGGCGUCAGUUCUGGCAGGUUUAUGCUAUGCAGAGUUUGGUGCCCGUGUACCGAAGACUGGGUCAGCUUACGUAUACAGCUAUGUAACUGUCGGAGAAUUUGUGGCAUUCAUCAUCGGUUGGAACCUAAUUCUGGAGUAUGUCAUAGGGACAGCCAGUGUGGCGAGGGCUUGGAGUUCCUACUUUGACUCUUUAAUCAACAAAGUCAUACAGACAUUUUUCAGGGACCACAUGGCAAUGAAUAUCAACGGCCUUUCAGACUAUCCAGAUCUGUUUGCUUUGGGCAUCACAUUACUAUUAGCUGUGAUAUUAGCUGUAGGAGUGAAGGAGUCGUCAACUUUUAACAACAUUUUCACGGGUGUGAAUUUGUUGGUGGUGACCUAUGUGAUUAUCUGUGGAUUGUUCAAGGUUGAUAUACACAACUGGGAACUAAAGCCCUCUGAGCUUCCAGGUAACGCUACGGUAUAUGGAACUGGAGGAUUCAUGCCAUUUGGAUUUUCGGGGAUGAUGUCUGGAGCGGCUACCUGUUUUUAUGCCUUUGUUGGCUUUGACUGUAUAGCCACAACAGGUGAGGAAGUGAAGAAUCCUCAGAAAGCCAUCCCCAUCAGUAUAGUGGUGUCACUGAUCGCUAUCUUUGUGGCGUACUUCGGAAUAUCAGCUGUGAUGACACUGAUGUGCCCCUAUUAUCUGCUAGAUGAAGAUGCACCUCUUCCAGAUGUGUUUGACCGUGCUGGUUGGGGAGUGGCUAGAUAUAUCAUAGCGGUCGGGGCAAUAUGUGGCCUGUCUACAAGUUUGCUUGGGGCCAUGUUUCCUCUGCCGAGAGUUAUCUAUGCAAUGGCCAGUGAUGGAAUUGUAUUCCGGUGGCUUGCAAACAUUAACGAUCGUUUCAAGACACCAUUGAUUGCCACUGUGAUAUCAGGAAUAUUUGCAGGUGUGAUGGCCAUGAUGUUUGACCUGUCCGAGCUUGUGGAUAUGAUGUCUAUUGGGACACUGCUAGCCUAUACAUUAGUAGGAGUCUGUGUGUUACUGCUAAGAUAUCGGGUUACCGUUAUGAAGACUACAACAGAUGGAGACGAAACCAGUGUUAAUCAAAGUAGCAGUGAUGAUGGUGAUAUCAUGGGUGCGAAACGGGAGUCUGACCCGUUAGUGAGUGAAACAACGUAUAAAAUCAUGCUGAAAGCAAUGGUAAAAUGUAACGAAAAGCAGCCUACAGCACUCACGGAAAAAAUCACACAAUUCAACAUUAUUCUUAUAUGUAUAAUUAUAAUAAUUCUUAGCAUCGUGCUGAUCUUUGCUGAGGAAAACCUUGCAAAUAUAGAAGGUUGGGCGAUUACCAUAGUGACAAUUUUAGUGUUGUCAAUCAUAUUCCUGUUGUACUCUAUACGUCUUCAGCCAGAAAAUACUCAAAAAGUCAGCUUCAAGGUGCCUUUACUACCAGUCUUACCAGUGCUAAGUGUGUUUGUCAAUAUCUACUUGAUGUUAAAGUUAUCAAGUGCUACCUGGAUACGAUUCGGAGUAUGGAUGUUUAUAGGCUUCCUCAUAUAUUUUUCCUAUGGGAUAUGGCACAGCACAGGAGCCGAUCCGAUCCACGACGAAUAUGUCCUCCUCACAGACUCUCUUCCUAGUCCUUCCCCUACCUCAGGUGUCCUCUCAGGCAGCGAGGACAGUCUCUUCGACGGUGAGGCUGUGCGGAGCUCACGUGAUAUAGACCGAGAUACACAUACAUUGUCAGAUGAUAUAUAGGAAAAAAUCUGACGUGUUCUGUACGUGUUCGUUUUUUUUCCGGAGUGCAGCUGAUUUAAAGAAAGGUCUAUGGUAUACACAAUUGAAAUGCUAAGUUACUUACAGACAUAUGGUGGAGAAUGAUUUUUACAAUGACUUUAGUGCUGUGUGAGCCUCCUAUGACCCUGCUAGUCAAAAGUAUAAAACAGUUUGGUAACUGAAAAUACUUUAAAGUAAAUGAUGGGAAUGAAAAUAGUAUCGCAAAUUAUUUAUACCGAUAAUAGUAGACAUAAUAAUGGCUGGAAUUG